AUGGCACUCUCUGUGACAGAGUUCAUUGUCUUCUCCCUCCUGCAAACCGCCCUGUCCCUGAACCCCGAGGACCCCAACGUGUGCAGCCACUGGGAGAGCUAUGCCGUGACCGUCCAGGAAUCAUACGCACACCCCUUCGACCAGAUCUACUACACGAGAUGCACAGACAUCCUCAACUGGUUCAAGUGCACCAGGCACCGGAUCAGCUAUAAGACGGCGUAUCGGCGCGGCCUCCGGACCAUGUACCGACGGAGGUCCCAGUGCUGUCCCGGCUACUAUGAGAACGGAGACUUCUGCAUACCCCUGUGUACAGAGGAGUGUGUGCAUGGCCGCUGUGUUUCCCCGGACACCUGCCACUGUGAACCCGGCUGGGGAGGGCCCGACUGUUCCAGCGGCUGUGACAGCGACCACUGGGGCCCCCACUGCAGCAACCGGUGCCAGUGCCAGAACGGAGCCCUGUGCAACCCCAUCACAGGCGCCUGCGUGUGUGCCGCCGGCUUCCGUGGCUGGCGCUGCGAGGAGCUCUGUGCGCCCGGCACCCACGGCAAGGGCUGCCAGCUGCCGUGCCAGUGCCGCCAUGGAGCCAGCUGUGACCCCCGCACUGGCCAGUGCCUCUGUGCGCCGGGCUACACUGGAGUCUACUGUGAGGAGCGGUGCCCACCUGGGAGCCAUGGGGCUCACUGUGAGCUGCGCUGCCCCUGCCAGAAUGGGGGCACCUGCCAUCACAUCACGGGAGAAUGUGCCUGCCCCCCAGGCUGGACGGGAGCAGUGUGUGCCCAGCCCUGCCCGCCGGGGACGUUCGGCCAGAACUGCAGCCAGGACUGUCCUUGCCACCACGGAGGGCAGUGCGAUCACGUGACUGGCCAGUGCCACUGCACAGCUGGCUACAUGGGGGACAGGUGCCAGGAGGAAUGCCCCUUCGGGACCUUUGGCUUCCAGUGCUCACAGCGCUGUGACUGCCACAACGGGGGCCAGUGCUCCCCCACCACCGGUGCCUGCGAGUGUGAGCCUGGCUACAAAGGCCCGCGCUGCCAGGAGCGGCUGUGCCCCGAGGGGCUACACGGCCCAGGCUGCACCUUGCCUUGCCCCUGUCACACCGACAACACCAUUAGCUGUCACCCAGUCACUGGAGCGUGCACCUGCCAGCCAGGCUGGUCUGGCCAGCACUGCAACGAGUCCUGCCCCGCUGGCUACUAUGGCAAUGGCUGCCAGCUGCCUUGCACCUGUCAGAACGGCGCCGACUGCCACAGCAUCACCGGGAGCUGCACAUGUGCCCCAGGCUUCAUGGGAGAGAUCUGUGCAGUUCCGUGUGCUGCAGGGACCUAUGGCCCCAACUGCUCAUCUGUCUGUAGCUGUGACAACGGUGGCAACUGCUCCCCUGUGGACGGCUCCUGCUCCUGCAAGGAAGGGUGGCAAGGCCUGGACUGCACCCUACCAUGUCCCAGCGGGAUGUGGGGCAUGAACUGUAACGAGAGCUGCGCCUGUGCCAACGGGGCAGCCUGCAGCCCCACAGAUGGCUCCUGCUCCUGCACCGCCGGCUGGCUCGGAGACGCCUGCGAACUGCCCUGCCCGGACGGCACAUUUGGGUUGAACUGCAGCGAGCGCUGUGACUGCAGCCACGCGGAUGGCUGCGAUCCUGUCACAGGCCACUGCUGCUGCCUGGCCGGAUGGACAGGCAUCCGCUGUGACAGCAUGUGUCCUCCUGGCCGCUGGGGUCCCAACUGCUCCGUCUCCUGCAGCUGUGAGAACGGUGGCUCCUGCUCCCCAGAAGAUGGGAGCUGCGAGUGUGCCCCUGGCUUCCGAGGACCCUUGUGCCAGAGAAUCUGCCCCCCCGGGUUCUUUGGCCAUAGCUGCGCCCAGCCAUGUCCCCUCUGCGUGCACAGCAGUGGACCCUGCCACCACAUCAGCGGCGUCUGUGAGUGCCUCCCGGGAUUCUCCGGAGCCCUCUGCAACCAAGUGUGUGCUGGAGGGCACUUUGGGCAGGACUGUGCCCAGCUCUGCUCCUGUGCCAACAAUGGGACCUGCAGCCCCAUCGAUGGCUCCUGCCAGUGCUUCCCUGGAUGGAUUGGCAAGGACUGCUCACAGGCUUGCCCCCCAGGGUUCUGGGGCCCCGCCUGCUUCCACACAUGUAGCUGCCACAACGGGGGGAGCUGCAGCGCUGAGGACGGCACCUGCCACUGCACCCCUGGCUGGACCGGACUCUUCUGCACGCAGCGCUGCCCUGCAGCAUUUUAUGGGAAGGACUGUGGGCGCGUGUGCCAGUGUCAGAACGGCGCCAGCUGUGACCACAUCAGCGGCAAGUGCACCUGCCGCACGGGCUUCACCGGGCGCCACUGUGAGCAGAGAUGUGCGCCGGGAACCUUUGGCUAUGGGUGUCAGCAGCUGUGUGAGUGCAUGAACAAUGCCACCUGUGACCACGUCACUGGCACCUGUUAUUGCAGCUCUGGAUUCAAAGGAAUCCGGUGUGACCAAGCUGCCCUCAUGAUGGAGGAGCUGAAUCCCUACACCAAGAUCAGCCCAGCGCUGGGUGCAGAGCGACACUCGGUGGGUGCUGUCACGGGCAUCGUCCUCUUGUUGUUCCUCAUUGUGGUGCUGCUAGGCCUGUUUGCUUGGCGCCGGCGGCGACAGAAAGAGAAAGGCCGUGACCUGGCUCCCCGUGUCUCCUAUACACCUGCCAUGAGGAUGACCAGCACUGACUACUCGCUCUCAGAUUUGUCUCAAAGUAGCAGCCAUGCCCAGUGCUUUUCCAAUUCCAGCUACCAUGCACUGGCGUGCGGGGGGCCUGCCACCAGCCAGGCCAGCACUCUGGACAGGAACAGCCCCACCAAGCUCAGUAACAAGUCCCUUGACAGAGACACAACAGGCUGGACCCCCUACAGCUUUGUGAACGUGUUAGACUCCCAUUUCCAGAUCAGUGCCCUGGAGGCCAGGUACCCGCCCGAGGACUUCUACAUUGAACUUAGACACCUCAGCCGCCCCGCUGAGCCACACUCACCAGGUGCUUGUGGAAUGGAUAGACGUCAGAACACAUACAUUAUGGACAAAGGCUUCAAAGAUUACAUGAAAGAAUCCGUGUGCAGUUCUAGCACUUGUUCCUUGAAUAGCAGUGAAAACCCUUACGCCACAAUUAAGGACCCACCCAUCCUCACCUGCAAGCUUCCAGAAAGCAGCUAUGUAGAAAUGAAGUCGCCUAUGCACAGGGGGUCUCCGUACACAGAUAUGCCAUCCUUGUCGACAUCUAAUAAAAAUAUAUAUGAAGUUGAGCCCACUAUCAGUGUGGUCCAAGAAGGCCGCGGUCCUAACUCCAGCUAUAUCCAGAAUCCAUACGACCUACCUAGGAACAGCCAUAUUCCUGGUCACUAUGACCUCCUCCCAGUAAGACAAAGCCCUGCCAAUGGGCCCUCCCAGGACAAGCAAUCUUGA